UGCAUACGAAUUAAUGAAUAUCUAAAGCUUUUACUUGGUUUAGCGGGUUGAGCGAAGCAAACAGGACAGUACGAAUUUUAACUAUGUGGGCGCUGAACAACUGAAGCGUUUAUCAAGUUCAGAAUUAUUAAACACUUUUCAUCCUAAAACAAGUCGAACAUCUCAGUUUGUUAAGUCAAAAGGUCCAGCUGCAAGACGAGCGCUAAGGCGAGGUACUGCCAGCAUUAAAAGCAAUAAUUCUGAUUGUACUCGAUUAAAUCAAGCUAGAUCUCAUGCUAGACUUGACAACAUUGGGUACGAUGAAGUAAAACCCACUGCACCUGUACGACGUUCAAUUUCCGUAAAAGAUAUCAACGGUACAAUGGUGGAUUUUUUGAAUCAGGAAUCUGUCGUCAGGUGGACUUCUCAAGUAUUAGCUGAAUUGGAUUCGUUGCCGUCAAGCACGAUGAACCUGAACGUUUCACAUGGAGCUGCAAAACAGGAGUUAAAACUUUCAACAGCUGAAAAAGAGCAGUCGUCCUGUCAUCGAUAUGGUAGUUGCAGCAGCAGCUUUUUAGCGAGAGAUCCUCGAGAGUGUAAAGCGCCUCCUGUUCCGCCACAUCGAGUGCCCAAAAAUAUUACGAACAACUUUUUGUCACAAUCGGAAGUGAUGCUGUCUUCAGCAUCGUCGUGCUCACCAACAGCCUCAGAUGCAACAACUUCUGCCGUUUCGUCGGAUUUUUCUAAUAAAUCUUGGAGGCCGAAUGGGCGUUCAGAGGCUAAUUUAAAGGCAUCUUAUCUUUUCAUUUCAGCUGUGAAGGCUUUAGCUUUGAAACCAAUGUUCGCUUCGUCGGAUUCAAAUACAGAAAAUGAAACUCCUCAUGCAGUUACACCGCAACCCACAGAAGAAAUAUGGACGAACUCAGAUGAGAACCGUAACAAGCUUGUUAGAAAUGAUAGAAUUCAUGCAAGCAUGAGUGCGGACUAUGUAAAUUUGACAAGGUAUUCACCGGAAGCGCCAAAAUUAUGUGACGUUUCACAAAUGAAAAACGACAAUGAGAUCUCGCCGUCCAGUCAUCACAGUAAUGUGGAAUGUGUUUCGAAUUUCCAUUUAUUAGCCAAGCCGUCAGUCCGUAACAAUCAGCAUACUUCCGCUGUAGUUCUUACAUGCUCGAAAAAGCCAAAUGUUAGACUGGCAAAAUCUAAUGACCAUUUUAAGAAAAAAUACUUGCCGUUACCAUUUCUACUUGGUGCUAACAGUGAUUUAAAGCCUGUCCACAGUGCCAUUGACGUCAACCAACCAAAAGCUGGUUUAACUGUCGUGUCUCGUUCUGCUAGCAAUCCGCAGGAUUUGUCUCGAUCUGGGGCUUUAAAACUUUCCAGUUUACCGGAACAGUCGAGAUCACAAACACGAAGAAUCAAAACUUCUAUGUCAAGUCUGUCGUUAAGGCCUGGUAAUUUGGUAGAGCGUUCAGCUAGUGAUGCUCUGUUCCACCAACGAACCAGUACUGUGGUGACAGCUCCACAUGGCCUAAUUAAAAACGAGCAUCCGAAUAAUGUUGGAGUAAAAAAAUUUGAAUCUAACUUACGACUGACGCAGUCAGUACACGACAACGAGCAAGUUCCAGAACCUUUAACAGAAAAAAAAAGUGCUCAGUUAGGGAUACCUUUAAGGUCAGGUGGAUUUCAGAGUCGCUCUACUGAUGCGCCCUGUCAUAAUGGUUCUUCGACAAGUGUAUGCUAUUUUGCUUAUGAUUUCAGUUUUCUUAUUGUAAUUGUUAACAAAGGUUGA